CAAUAAUAUCGGUAGUUGGCUGUGAAGAAGCUGUAAAACGGAAGGUCAAAGAAAUUAAAAACGCAAAUUUUAGUUCAUAAAACUAUAUUUAUUGAACUUUAGCACUAUCUGUGAUUGGUGCUCCGUGAAGUUAUCAUUUUUUUCCAAUCGUACAAUCCGUCAGUAUGGGAUUAUUCGGUAAAUCGCAGGAACGAAACCCGAAAGAUAUGGUCCAAGAAUGGUCAUCCAAGCUGCGCAAAGAAUCAUACGCACUCGACCGACAGAUACGAUCCAUCCAGCGCGAGGAGGAGAAAAUCAAACGGUCCCUCAAAGAGGCGGCCAAAAAGAACGAGAAAGAAGUUUGCACAAUUCUGGCAAAGGAAUUAAUACGAUCACGCAAGGCAACCAAUAAAAUCUACACCAGCAAGGCACACAUCAACUCGGUGCAGCUGCAGAUGAAAAACCAAUUGGCCACGGUGCGUGUCGCGGGCUCGCUCGCCAAAUCGACCGAGGUGAUGCAGGCAAUGCAGGCGCUGGUGAAGCUGCCCGAGGUAGCCGGGGCAAUGCGCGAAAUGUCCAAGGAGAUGAUGAAGGCCGGCAUCAUCGAGGAGAUGAUCGACGAGACGAUGGAAUCGCUCGAGGACGUCGAAGAGAUGGAGGAGGAGGCGCAGAAGGAGGUCGACAAUGUGCUGUGGGAGAUAACGGCCGGCAAGCUCGGCGAGGCGCCGGCCACACCGCUCGCCAACCCGACGAAGGAGGAACCAUCGACGUCGCGGGUCGAGGAAGAGGAGGACGAAGAGGAGGACAUGAAGGAAAUGCAAAACCGAUUGCAGGCACUCCGUUCGUGAAAGGUGACCGGCAGCGGUUAAAAAUAGGCACCUCCUACAAUGAGCCCAAUUUAUGUGUAUUGCUUAAACACUUAACUGUUCGUGAAUCGUUUAUUUGUAUUUGUAUUAACACCGUCACCCCCCAACUCUCAAGUGAGCGAACUAGAUUAAUAAACUUAUAUCCUGCAAGGACCUUCUUCCUAUAUAGAUAACGUUGAACCAAAACAAAACAAAAAUUGUUCUAUUUACCUGUUGUUCGAAUUGCUGCUUGGAUGGAAAGUAAAUAAAACCGAGUAUUCAGGAUCGAAACACGUGUCGCCCCAUCUGCACCCCCCCGAAUCAAUGCAAUCGACACCACCUGCAUUUUGUAUCAGUUUCUUUCUUUAUUUAUUACUGCAACAAAUGCCAUAAAAUACUUAGAUUUCGUUUGUUCGUUAUUUGCAUGUUUUGAGUGAGAAAAUGUGAAUGUCCUGGUUCGAGACUGUAUCGCACCAUCUGGUUCCCAGAUAGC